CUUGCUAAAUUAAGGGCAUACUAUCAUAAAAGUAAAGCAAAAAAACACAAAGACAACGAGGAAAAUCCACGUAAGGAAACAUGAUUUUUCAAAAACGCAAUACUUAGAAGCAGAACUAUAAUUUGUGUCUAGGAUGAAUUGGCAUGCCCCGAGGAAGAUGUCUUUUAGGUUGAAGUUGUUUUGGUGUGCCGACCAUCCUCAUCACUUCCAUAUGUUUUUCUCAAAGUAUUUCGUUUUCGUGAUUUUCAUCGCGGUAGGACUUGCACAGCCGGGAAAUGGUUCACAUACAAUCGGUAAAAGACAGCUGGUUCCAGAUUUAAACGGACCACCGCCGGUUGAUAACGAUCAUCCGGUUAUUGCAUCUGUCAGCACUGAUUAUGUCACACAAGAUUUAUCAUCUAGUAUGCAAGUAACAAAGAACAGAGAGCAAAAUCGUAAAAGGAAUCGACCUAGUGUGAUCGACUUGAACGAAUGUUAUCAUCACAAAGGAUGUGAGCAUUGGAAAUCUUUACCUUCAAUCGAGCGAGAUAGAAUUUCAAAGAAGAAUUGGAUGGCACGCAAGCCUGAUGAAGUACGUAAGCAGAUGUCAAGGGAAUACUCAAAAAAAUGGCAUUCGAAAUUGACCCGAGAACAAAAAGAGGUCAGAAAUCAAAGAAUGAGAAUCACUCGUUUGCGUAAGAAACAAAAAGCAACUCCAGGAGAGAAAGGGGCGGAAAAAGGAAAAGGCUGAAGUUUCAUACCACCAGCAGAGUAAAUUUUCCGGACUUGGUCUUGCAUACUUCUUAGAACCCCGGUAGAGAAAUUAACAAGGGACGUAGCCCGAUCUCAAAGCAGAGAAGAUUGAGGAUAUAUUCUCUAGUACAUACAAAUCAUUUAAACUUUUUUUCGAUCACCUCAUAGCUACUUCUAGCUACAUGCAUUGUCGUCGUAUCAAUCAUAUUAAGCACUUUAA